CAACAAUCUCUUUGUCCUCCCUUGGCACACAACAGCGUGCUAGUAGCCUCAUCAACUGCUGCCUGCCGUGGAGCAACAGUGAGAUAGAUUCGUGAGCUGGACCAAGAAAGAGAGAUAGGGGGGCAGAGCGGUCGGGGGUAGGGAGCAAAGUCAAACAUGACCCGAAGGACAACAAGGAGCGCUCUGCUGGCGCUGAGCACCGUCAGCCUGGCCGCCUCUGGCCAAGGCUUCUUCGCAGGCACGACGGGAACCCCAGCAUUUGUCGCCACUAGUGGUAGUCGGUUCUUCUCCGUCAACGGUGGGCGCCCGGUAUCUUCACGGAGGGCUCGUGCGGCGUACCAGCGGCAUUGGCCUUCCACCGCGGGGUCCCCGCUGUCCAUGGUGGUAGCCCCUCACGAAGUCGUAGACGCCGCGGUCGCCGCGCACCACGCGGUGUCGGCUCUCCCUUCAUUCCUUCUCUCCGACGAAGCGGUCGCGGAGGCUGCGGGCAGCGUGGGGUACUCCAAGUUCAGCUACUACACGACGCUGGGGCUGUACGUGCUGUCCUUCCCUGGCCUGUGGUCCGUCGUGAAGCGGGCGACGAAGACGAAAUACAAAGACGCGACGUACGAGCUUCCCGGGCCGGCGUCGACGGAGAAGGGGGCGGAGUCGGUGAAGCAGACGGCCGCAAAGAUCAUCGCGUACUUCCAAGCCAACAACUACAAGAUCAAGGAAGCGGGCGAGACCAUCACGUUCGAGGGGGCCAUCCAGGCGAGCAAGGGCCAGGCGUUCUUCCUGGUGUUCUGCACGGCCCUGUCGUUCGCGACGCUGGCGCUCGUGCUGCAGAUCCAGUUCCCCGCCAUCGGCAACUACUGGUUCUUGCUCACGCUCUUGUCUCCCUACGCAGGCGUUUACUACUGGCAGAACGGCUCGCGGAACGAUAAGGCGCAGGUGCGGCUGGAGACCUCAGACGACGACACUUUGACGGAGAUUUACAUUACGGGGGCGGCGGAGGAGUUGGACCGCUUGUCCAAGACCAUGGGGUACAUGGAGAAGGGCAUGAUCAGAGUCAAGGGGUUGCUCGAGGGGGAAGCUCCCGCGGCGCCUGUGGUGCCGGCAGUGCCAGCUCCCGCGGCGCCUGUAGAAGAACCAGCAGAGACUGAGGCUUAGGUUUUGGUUUACCGUUUGGAUAGUAGCGCGUAUAACAUUUUUUUUUUGUGCGUGUGUUUGGGGCCACUGGCUGUGUGUCUUCGCCCGGGAAACUUCCAACUAGGGGCGGGGGUGGAAGUUUCUUGGCGGUUGGCUUGGAGCGGAUGGUCGUUUGGGUAGUGUGUCAACAAAGGUCUGAUUGCCGCCCGUACUACAGAUGGAGGCCGCGAGGUAGUAUUAGCAAUCUUAACGGCGCAACGUAGAUGUGCUCAUAUGGAGGCGGUGAUGCGGUGAUAGAUGUUUCGCAGGAGUGGUGCAGAACGGCAAAACUGAACUCGAGCAAUUUUCAGCAACUGCAUCACUGAC